AUGGUCAAGCUCGAAGAGGUGCCCGACGAGGAGGUCCUGAGGCAGCAGGAGAGGCUCAACCGCGCUGCCGCCGCCGGCGAGGCACACGAUGACGAUGACGACUGGGAGGAGGACGAUUCGGACGCAGAGUCCGACUUCUCUGACGAGUCCGACGUCUCGGAGCGUGGCCUUUCCAUUCGGGACGAGACGGUGUGGGAGCGCAUCUCGGCGCUGCGUGACAUCAUCCCCCCUUCCACAAGACGCUCGAUUGCACAGACGUUCAACACGACCACAUCCUACGCCUUCCUCGGCACCAAGCUCGCGGGCAACCUCGUCUGGGUCGUCACAACGUCGGCGCUCCUUGUCGGCCUCCCCUUUGCCCUCGCCGUCGAGGACGAGAGCAGGAUCAUUGCACAGGAGAAGGAUUUCUUGAGCCAGCAGCAGGGCGCCAACCAGAUGCUUGCACCCGCCGGUGUUCCUGGCCAGGAGGCUCAGCCCCAAGUUGCGCCUCAGCAGCAACAGGGACUUCGACCUCCGGGCUUCUAA